AUGUACGCCGCUCUUCGUACCCUCAACCUCGAACUCGUGCGGCUGCCGGAGCUCGUCUCUAACCCGACGAUUGGAAUCAUGCGCAUGAAGUUCUGGCAGGAAUCGAUAGACAAGACGUUUGCCGGGCAGCCACCCCGAGAGCCUACAUGCAUCCUGCUCGACAAGAGCUUGCAAGACGUGGAGAAGCGCGCGGGCAGUGGAAUGAGGAAGUCACUUCGCUUCUGGGUGUCCCGAUUGGUCAAGACGAGGGAGAAGCACAUGGACAACCGGCCGUACACAAGCAUUGCUGCUUUGGAGGACUACGCGGAGAACACUUACUCGACCAUGAUGUAUGCGACGCUGGCCGCCAUGCCGAUGAAGUCCAUGCACAUGGAUCACUUGGCAAGCCACAUUGGCAAAGCGUGCGGCAUCGUGGCAGUACUCAGAGGGAUUCCCGUGUUAGCGUCGCCAGCGAGGCCCGUCAAGACACCCUCUGGAGCAGAUGCGCCGAGCACACACAAGCCAACGCUCCUAUUGCCGCUCGAUGUCAUGGCUGAAGAAGGCGUGAAGGAGGAGGAGGUUUUUCGCCAAGGACCUAGUGCGCCGGGGCUACAGGAUGCCGUCUUCAAGGUUGCGACCCGAGCGAAUGAUCAUCUCAUCACCGCACGUGAGAUGCUCAAGAGGUUGGAGCAAGGCGAGGAUCCGGGUCACGACUUUGAGCACCAGGGCGAGGGAGAACACGUCUAUGAAACGGGCCAGAGUGACACGCAGAGAGAGAUACGGGCGGGAUUCAGUGUUUUGUUAGAGGCUGCGCCGGCCAGCCAGUAUCUGGAAAAUCUCCAGAAAGCCGACUUUGACCCGUACACGGUCAAGACAGGGGGCUGGAAACUACCGUGGAGAAUAUGGCAAUCACUUUCCAAGAGAAAGCUGUAG